UGCAUUUUGCAUUCGCGUACCGAUCCCAAACCAAAACGCGUUCAACCCGUUCCUCACCUUGGCCAACGCCAUCUCCUCCCCCUCCUCCCCUUCGUCAUGCGCUAGCUAUCAAUCGCAAAACCUGCCCAGUAUGACGGAGAUAGCAGUGGGACAGACGAUCCGCCUCAGCGACGGCCGCAAUGCCACCGUUCGCUUUGUUGGCCAGACCCAUUUCGCCGUCGGAGACUGGGUCGGCGUCGAGCUCGAAGACGACAGCGGAAAGAAUGACGGCUCUGUCCAGGGCGAGCGCUACUUCGAAUGCGCCUUGGGCAGGGGCAUGUUCGUCCGGCCCAGCACCGUCAUCAUUCUACAGCCCGCCCCGCCCCCGAAACCCCCUGCCGGCCCUAUUCGAAGAGGAUCGCGAGCAAGCACCGCCGCCGCAGGUUCGGUACGGCCAACCUCCAUGACAGAUGUCUCCAUGGGGAAGCGGAUGAGCAUCAACGCACCGAGCCCCAGUCCUGUGCCUCGCCCGAGGCCUGCCAGCAUAGGGAGGUCUCCCACCAAGUCUCCCACGAAGCAGCUCGGGGCCGGCGCGCCUAUUAUCGCGAACUCGAGGACCGGAACUCCGUCGAAUGCCCGCGUCCCGUCUGUCGGAGCGAGGGUGCGGCCCUCCGUAGGUGGUUCGAGAACCUCCAUGGGUCCACCGGCGCUGCCAUCUGCCGGACCUAGGAGACAGCUGUCAACCUCAUCCGCGAGUGCAAGAGCCGUAGCCGGUGCUACCCGGCCCGCUGCGCCACGGGUCCCGACCGCGCCCGCCCGUGGAUCCACCCGUACCUCCACGGGGAGAGUGCGGUCGGGGGACUCCCUGUCGGGCAAUUCCGGUGGCAACAGAUCGGACCUUGGGUCUCCGCUUAAGAGCGACGGGGAGCUGACGAUUAGUCCUGUGAGCUCUAGGACCAGGGCACUGGAGAAACUCACCUCUGCAGGGCCGUCCUCGUCGACGUCCUCGAAAGCACCAACGGGCGCAACGCCGCGGGCGGCUGGGGGCACAGGACCUAAUCGACCGGCGGCUAAUAACGCUAUUGGUCGGGAGAAUGAAGACCUCAAGGCAAAGCUCAAAGUUCUCGAGCGAAAGCGACUGGAAGACCGGGAGAAGAUGAAGGACAUGGAAAGGCUCCAAGAGCAGCUCGACAAAUUCGAAAAUGUCAACAAGAAGAUAGAGAGCAAGGUUCAGACCACAGUGCAAGAGAAUAUUGGCCUACGGAGGCAACUGAAGGAAGCUGAGGAGCGGCUGGAGCAGAUCGAGGCCCUGCAAGCAGAACACGAGAGCGUAAUGGAACUGGCGACUUUGGACCGAGAAAUGGCCGAGGAAACUGCCGAGGUGUACAAGGCCGAGCUUGAAGCCUUGAAACAGAAAGUGGAGGAGCUUGAGCUCGAGGUGGAAAUCCUACGUGAGGAAAAUGCCGAAUACUCGAAGGGCAUGUCUCCCGAGGAAAGGGCAAGCGCCGGGUGGCUCCAGAUGGAGCGACACAACGAACGGCUACGCGAGGCGCUGAUCAGAUUGCGAGAUCUUACCCAACAGCAAGAUGAGGAGUCGAGGGCGCAGAUCAAGUCCCUGGAGAAGGAUCUCGAAGAGUUCGACGCCGUCAGGGAGCAGUACCAGAUCUCCAAGGAGAAAUUACUCGAGUCGGAGACCCGGGCUGAGGACCUUCGGCAGCAGCUCGAUGAUAAUCUCGGCGCUGAGGCCAUGAUCGAGCAGCUCAGUUACGAAAAGUUGGCUCAGUCGGAGCAGAUAAACGAGUUGAAGGCGGUGAUAGAUGACCUCGAAGCGCUGAAAGAAAUCAACGACGAACUCGAAAUCAACCACGUCCAGAACGAGAAGGAGAUGCAGGAGGAAUUGGAUUUCAAAGAUAGCAUCAUCACUGAGCAGGCUAGACGAGCUGCCGAGAAAGACGAGGCCAUCGGAGAUAUGGAGUAUACGCUCUCCCGAUUCCGAGAGCUUGUCACGAAUCUCCAGACCGAUCUCGAGGACAUGCGUGCCUCUCACGCCGUCAACGAGGCUGAAUCCGAACAGCUCAAUAGCAAAUCGAGGGCAAUGAUGGAUCUCAACCAGAAGCUCCAGAUCUCGGCUGCGAAGACACAGGUCAAGACUAUCGAUCUAGAGCUGCAGCGCAUGGACGCGCAGGAAGCGCAGCAGCACCUCCAGAUCGUCAAGUUGUUCUUGCCCGACAGUUUCAACGUCGACAGAAAUUCCGUCCUAGCCCUGCUACGGUUCAGCCGGUUAGCCUUCAAGGCAAACCUGCUACAUGGCUUUGUCAAGGAACGCGUCAAUGGGCAAGCACACCCUGGACACGAAGACGACGUGUUCGCAGGCUGCGACGCACUGGAUAAGCUAACCUGGGUGUCUUCAAUGUGCGACCGCUUCGUCAAUGCCAUCAGCCACUGUUCACUGGAGCAAUUUGCGAAGUACGAAGGAGCCCUGUACGAGCUAGAACCUGUCGAGAGGGCCCUGAAUGCCUGGAUCGACGGUCUGCGGCGCGACGAGCUGAAGGAGAAACAAUGUGCGAGCGAGCUACAACGCACCAUCGCUGUUAUGACCCAUCUAGGCGAGGUUCACAUCUCGGAGGGACUGGAGAGCUUCGCGGAUGAGGUGCAGAUGAAGGCGGUUCUGAUGCAAAGCCACCUCGAGUCCGCUGCUGCAGCUUUCAACAUCAUCAAGGAUAUGGUUCAGAGAGUUGUGCCUGCCAACGGCGACGAGGACGAGCUUGCCCAGCAUUUUGCCAAGAAGUCUGAGGCUGUCAUCAGUCAGACCCGCAGCGCCAAAGUCGUAGUCAGCAAAGCCGUGAGGUCGUUGGAAGAUCUCAGGGCGAGAUCUUUAGCUUUGACUCCUGACACCUUGGAAGUUUUUGAGCAAUAUGAGGCAGCUAGUCAAGAACUCGCAGCGAUGUCUCGACAGAUCGGCGUGGACCUUCACAAACUGCUAAGUGAAGAAGGUCGCGCAGAGCCGUUCACCUACCCCGAAGUGCAGAAUGCGGUCCAUCAGACUGUCUUGACAGCUUUCUCGUCCGCAGAAUCAGACCUAUUCGCAACCUACCUUUCGAAACUUCGGGUCCUUACCAGCCAGAUCACCGAUCUUGCCGCAGUUUGUGCCGACCUGUCGCAGACGCAGGAGUUCGAGCGGAGCCCGGCGCCAUGGAUCCUCCGAGCCCAAGAACUCAAGGCUCUUAAGACGAUACCGGUUGAUGCCGAGGAAGAGCUGCGUCAGCUUAAGGAGCACUACAAUGAGGCUCGUCGUACCGUUGCGUUACGUGACGAGAACCUUAGCACGGCCACUCUCCGUAUCGAGACGCUCGAGGCCCGCAUGCGCGACGCGAACACGAAAGCAUCUCGCAUUACCGAUCUCGAAGCACAGAUAGUCGAUGCUCAGGACCUCGUGAGCAGCCUCAAGAAGGACAUCGAGCAGCAGGACCGCGAAGCCAAGACCCUCGAGGCCGAUCGCGACAAGUGGAAGAAGAUUGCCGGCGACAGCAGGGCCUUCGGCACCGCCGCCGACGCCGCCGGGGCGAAGGCCGGCCAAGAGCGCGCGGUUGCUACUGCGCGCGAGAUGGACGCUCUCAAGGACGACAUUGCCAGCUUGCAGGCGGCGGUUCGGUACCUGAGAGAGGACAACUACCGCGCGCGCGUGAAGGAGCAAGCCCGGUACGACUGGCUCGCCGAACCACUGAAGAAGCCCGUUCCCACGGGCGAACAGCGGAAGGCCCUCGUCUCGGCCGAGGCCAAGGACGCGCUAGGCGAGCUGCUGAAGAUCGCGACGUCGGCUAAGGUGUACGACCUCAACUCGCUACCCAAGGACAAGAUGGCUUGGCGGCCGGCCAAGGUCACGCCGCAGUACCACGCCGCGAAGCAGGCAGAAGACUACGCGGUGUGGCGGAGCUGGCAAGACUCUAUCGUCCAGAAGACGAGGGUGGUUCUCAGCGGGGCCCAGCCAGCGAAGAAGGAGUACGACCACGCCAAGGCGAUGCGGAAGGCCGCCGCCGCGCGGCUCCAUAUCCGCCUCCCGGACUUUGACGGAAAGGUGAUUCCGGGCGUGCGCGGCGCGGAGGUGCACAUCGUAGGGUCCAGGGAGUGGGAAGGGUUGCAGGGACGGCUCACCGCGGCUAUAUAGCCCGUGUAAAUCACGUAAAGGGAGG